UACGACACUUAAAAACUGCUGGUCGAUGUCGGAAUGUUAUUUAUCAUAUAUCUUCGCAAGACGCAAAUGAAUGCUCGUUGCGUCUUUGCCCUGGCACCCGCGAUAAUUCGAUGACGCGUGAUGUUGAAUCGAAGAGCGGAGUUGUAAUGCGGAUUGAUCCGCAUUAUAUUUCCCUCGCGUGUUGCAACAAUCUCUGGUCGCUUACUGCCUGUCAUUCUCCGAUAUCUUGUGACGCAAGAAAGUAUUUUUUAAUAUUGAGGAUACAAAGGAAGCUGCAAUAACGAGAUGCGUCCGACCCAUGCCGCGCUAUAUGCUUUCCGAUUGACAUUGAAUCAGGGACCCGGUCCAGCUUUCUACAGGGCUAGAAGCUUUGAUCGUGGCACGGCAACGUUCGCAGUUUGUCUAGCGACCCUUGGACUAUCUCUCAGCAUGUUCUCCCUGAAACAAAUGCAGUCAUCGCACCAGCGUCGUAGGCUUUGCUAAAAAUUCAACCGAUUGUAAUUUACCAAACAAAAUCAACGGUCAAGAAAUAAAUCCAUCCAUCAUGAAAACAUUUAUGCGACAAUACAUCAUGGAUGACGCUAUUCUAAGAUCAGCAACGUGGCGUUCCGGCUCAAGUUACACUUCUAUGACUAGAAUAAAAGUUUGCGAUUUGUAUCUUCUGCAAAUUUCGCGGCAUGUCCCUCUUUUGAAGCGCAAACAACUUGUACAAUUGAGAGAUCAUGUCCUCGAUUCGUAGACGCGCGCAUAAGACCGCGUGCUUCGAUCAUACAGAAUUCAGUACUUGGUAUAGGCAGAAAUCACAAACGCGAUGAAUUUUUAUCGAAGACGGCACCAGCUUCGAGCAAGAUGCGCACACUUCGUGAAUCCAUGUAAAUGUAAUGACUUUUUUUUUAGAAAUGAUAGCUCAUGACGGAAGAGAUAUAUUCUAGUCGUGCAAAUAAAUGAUGUUCCUAC